AUGAGGGACCGAUUCGAAAAAUCUCAAUCUCCGUUGACUUCUCGGCGGUUUUUUUCUGGCGUGAAGAAGAUUCCCUCCGAGCGAGCGGCGUUCGCUGUAGCUGAUCAGGUUUGCCUCUUUUUGGGGGCUGCAAAGAAGAAGGGGGCGAUUCUCUUGGAUCUCUUGUUCAUCCCAAGGAGUUUGUUUUCUCAACGAUUUGUGGGAUUAUUAUGCAGAUGGGGUGCCGUUGUGCUCAUGGUUUAUGUAGGGAACAAGUAUAUAAAAAGUGAUGGAUUGGUGACAUACGGCUCCAUGAAUUUAGCUUGCUCUUCGCGUAAUCUUUUACCACUGUAUUCAAAUUUAAAUCCAAAACAUUAGCAAGAAUUUCGUUUAGGUUUUUCCUUUCUGAUCGUGUCUCCAACUAAUUUAUCCGCGUUCUGCAUCGUUCUCUAUAAUCUAGAUUACGUUAUCUUUUAGUUUCUAGGCCGCACUCGAUUUUAAGAUGAUUCUGCGGUUAGUAAUACUCCUCUCAAUCUCGUCUAUCCUCCCCUCAACUGCUCAAAAAUCAUUUGCCGCCACAAAAUUUGAGCUGAACCCAGAAUUGCCAUGGGAAGAACCAGUGGAAGUCCAGGAAGCCAAUGAUGAAAAGCCUGUAAAAAUUGAGAAGCAGGUCAAAAAGCAUAGAGCUGAUCAGCCCGUCCAGGCCGUUCCCACAGUCUCUGUGGCUACGCCCGCUCCAGUCCAGGCUCCAGCGCCUUUGGCAACUGUUGGAGGUCGACCUCAGCAUAUUGCCACUCCUCAGGUCCCAGCUGCACAGCCUGGAUUUCCGGCGCAGCCAGUUACGCCUCCUCCAGUUUUUACGUUCCCAACUUUUGCGCCUCCAACUCCAUUCGGCCAGCCCGCUUUCGGACAACCUGGUGGAUUCCAGCCUUCCCAGCCUGGCUUUACUCCUCCUCAGCCUCCACAGUUUGCACAGCAAUUUGCUCAACCUGGUCAGCAGGUUCAACAAGGAUUUGCCCAGCCACAACAACCAGCUCAGAACUUUGCUCAGGCUCCACAGGGAUUCCCUCAAGGCCAACAAGUUCAGCAGCCAGCGCAAGGAUUUCCGCAGGCUCAGCAAGUACAGCCCGUCUUUCCACAGCAAAUUCAAGCUGCCGGAGUCCCACAAGCUCCAGUGGCACAGCCCAACUUCCCGGCAGAAUCUCAACAACCUCGACAAGUUCAGCCAAACCCAGUUCCAGACAGUGUUCAGCUCGUCAGAGCUCAGUCUAGCCGCGAACGAGUGGAAUUGUGGUUCAGAGAGGAUUAUCCUGACAAUGGUAAGUGCUUGCCUUAAGUAUAAAACCGUCAGUAUCUCUUGUUGUACUUAUACUUGCCUUGCAGUCUGUAAGCGCGAUGCUCGCGAGUUGGCCGAAAAGUUCAAACUGAAGUUCCCCGCCAACCUUUGGAAGAAUGGGAAGGACCUGGUGUUGACAGACCUUCUGACAGCCCGUCUUGGAGAUUGUAUUCAGAAACAGGAUGCUGAUCAUUGGUCAAGAGUUAAUGGGCUGAUCCACAAACUCCAGGUGUCUCCAAGGUAAGAAAUUCCUUACGACUUUUAUUUCAUUAUUUGCAAGGCCUUCAAGGCCUGCGAAAUCCUUUGAGAUCUACUUCUUUUAAAGUUUCCUGUAGCUUCAACAAGAGACAAGUUUACAAUUACCCCUUUUCAGUGAAGAAGAGGACUGUCGCAGUGGCCUAGUCCAAGAGCAGAUCAGCUGUAGCAACGUGCUCUCUUACACUUGUCAAUUCAUCCAGAAACCAUACAUUUUCCGGCUUGUUCCCGCUCGGAUUAUCAUUCAAGAAGCUAGGAUUGCUGAAGAUGGCGCAGAAAAAUGUCGAAAAAUAGUUCGAAAAGUGAAGAAAGAACUUCAAUAG